UCUGCACAUCAAGUGCUCAUAGAAGCUCCCUUUACUCCCGCACACAAAAGUCAGUGUGCCGCCUCUACCAUUACACCUUCACACAGAGGGCAGGACGACAAGAAGUUGGACGGAUCAGGAUAAGAGGUCGGAUCUGCCCAGGAUGUACAACCAUCAGCAAAGAUUCAUGACGGGAGGAAGUGGUUCAUCAAGAGCGCCAAGAGGUGCUCUGUCAGGCUCAAAUAGCCCAGGAGGUGGUGCAUUAGGAGCAUUGGCAGAUUGGGCAGCAAAAAGCUUAGAUCCCGAAAUGGGAACAAGUCCAAUUCAAUCUCACGUAGAAAGAUGUUGUGAUCCUUCUCAUCGUGAACCCAAUUUAGCAUUAAAUUUGGAAUUGGCAGAUUAUAUCAAACAAAAGAAAGCAAACGCACCACGUGAAGCAGCAGUAGAAGUUGUUAAAAAGAUCAAUUCUAGACAUCCUCACGUUUCCAUGUUGGGAUUGCAUCUCUUGGAUCACCUGGUGAAGAAUUGCGGAUACCCAUUCCAUCUACAAAUAGCAACAAAGGAAUUCCUCAACGAGCUCGUCAAAAGAUUUCCCGAAAGACCUCCCGUAUUCCCAAGCCCAGUACAGAAUAAGAUCUUAGAACUGAUUCACGAAUGGAAACAGACGAUAUGCGUUAGCAGCAAACACAAGGAAGAUCUCGUUCACAUUCGGGAUAUGCAUAGAUUGCUGGGUUACAAAGGAUACAGGUUCCCAAAUGUCGAUUCUCGUGCAACUGGUGUAAUGAAUGCAGAGAGCAAUUCCCUUCAAUCUCCCGAAGAGCUUGAAGAGGAAGACAGAGAAGCACAAGGAGCGAAAUUGCAAGAGCUUAUUCGGAGAGGGACACCGCGUGAUUUGGCACAAGCACAAGAAUUGAUGAAGAUCAUGAGUGGAGCAGAACCUGAAUCGAAACCAGAUUAUUCGGAAAGGACACGAAAGGAACUUGACAAAAUUCAAAGUCGUACGAUCCUUCUGAACAAUAUGCUCGAUAAUGCGAGCGAGAGUGAAAAAUUUGUCCGUGGUGAUGCAUAUGAUCAAAUCGCUUCUCAUUUGCGUGGCGUUCAACCUCGCUUACAAAAGAUGAUUGGUGAAGGAGAAGAGGAGGAAUCUGAGCACAUGGACAGACUACUGCUAAUCAAUGAUCUGAUUAAUCAAGUGAUCGAGCGAUACAAGGCAUACAAGAAGGGAGACUUCUCAGUCACUGUCAAGAUUGACCCUUCCAUCGAUCCUAGUAAAGGAGGUGCAGAUGCGGUCCCAACAGCCAAGAUUACUGAUUUGAUCUCGUUCGAAGAUGAACCUAGUGAAGCAGCUGCUUCUGCAAACGCUGGCUCAACUUCUGUUUCUGCAUUGGAUGACUUUGCUUCUUUGACAUUCGACAAUACUCCAUCAACAAACGCUAAUGGCUCCAGUGCAACACCCGCUUCAAACCCUGGAGGUCUUCCUGCCAACCUCUUUGAUCCUACCAAAUUAAGCAAAGCCCCAAACAGCGGCAAUGUCGGUGGAAUGGCGUUUGGACAAUGGGGUGCAUUGCAACUUCCAACCAAUGCCACUUCAACGUCUGGCACUUCUACACCUGCCAAUGCAAUCGGAACGCCAAAUAAUGGCGCCUUACAACCAACUCAAACGGGAUCAUCUAUACCUUCUUCAAGUGCUCCUGCAAAUCAACAAGCAAAACAAGCAUCUGAUCCUUUCGCUGACCUGUCAAAAUGGUAAGCAGACUUUUGUCGAUACUAGGUUGGGCAGAGUAAUGUGAUAGUAUUGUUUUCUUUGAGUAAAAUACAACAGUGUGAAUCUAUGCUUGUCAGGUAGUUGCGCUUGAAGGUGCAUGAGACGAGACUGGAGAAGCGAUUGUAGAUGUAUGUAUAGAUGGCUCAUCUUGCCAAACCGUUUCAGAAUUAGACCAUAUAGCAUGUGCGGCUUGCUUUGAUUGUGCACGUAAUUGAG